UUGGCACAUGCCCUCGCGGAGGCGCGGGAACACGAGGAGACCGUUGCGCCGGCAGCGACGUUCGGCGUUGUCGCCGAGGCGAUACGGCGGCGCCUGGGAGCGUGGCGUCUCUUCGACCCCGAGUUCGAGCACAAGGCCGUCGCCUCCUACCGGGGGAUGGCCCAGCAGGUUGUCGAGGAAAUCUCCCGCAGGUCAACGAGCCGUAACAACGGCCCUCGCCAGGGCGCAGUGGAUUCGGUACUCGACGAGAUGGGGAUGUCCGACAGCGACCGCCUCAUAGUGGGGACUCUUGCGUCAGUCAUGGAUCGGCUGCGCAGCCAGGACCCGUGGGACAUCGAGCUCCCCGCCAGCUUCUACGACGCGAUCGAAGACUCCCCGAUGGCCGAAGCGCUCGCAUUCGCGGCCACGGACGAGCAGGUCCUGGCCGGGCUGCACAUGUGGCGGGGGGGCGUCGUCGAGAUGAGCGCGGGAGAGGGGAAGACCAUCGCCGCCGUCUUCCCGGCAGUCCGCCACUCGGUGGAGGGCCGGCGCGUGCACGUUGUGACGGCGAACGACUAUCUCGCCCUCCGGGACGCCGAGCACCUCGCCCCGGUCUACGAAUCGCUGGGGGUUACUGUCGGGGCCGUGCUGCAGCACAUGAACGACGACGAGAGGCGCAGCGCUUACGGCGCCGACGUAGUUUACGGCACCGUGCGAGAGCUGGGCUUCGACUUCCUGCGCGACAACAUGCGGCACUCGGACUGGGAGGGGGUGCAGCGCGGGCUCGACGCCGCCAUCGUCGACGAGGCAGACCAGGUCCUGAUCGACGAGUCACCAACGCCGCUGAUCAUCUCGGGAAGCCGGCCGGCCAGCCGCCGCGCUGCACACACCGCGAACGUCGUCGUGCAAGAGAUGGCGGCGCUGCAGGAGCGGGUUACGGAGCGGCUGGCACGCACCGCCCAGGCGCUGCCCAACGGCGGCGAGAAGCGCCGUGUGCUGGCCGCGCUGUUCAUGGCCGACCCUGAGAACGAGUACAUCACCCGCCUGGCGGCCCAGGACCCGGGGACCGCCAGGCGUAUCCGCUCCGACGCCGCGGACGCGAUAGAGUUCGCCGAUUCGACACAGGUCGACGAGCUCUACUACCGGCUGGACGAGGACAAUGGGUCGGUCAUCCCGACCGAACGGGGCCACCGAUUUGUCGAGUCCCGCCUGGGUGCCGUCUUCGACACGAGCGGACUCGAAGCUGAGCUGGAGCGGGUUCGGGCCGAUUCCGGACCCGACGUUGCCGGGCGGCGGCGAGUGGAGGACAGGCUGGACCGGCGCAUCUCGCGCCGCAGGGCCCUGUCGAACCAGGUCCAGCAGGCCAUGCGCGCCCAUCUGCUCCUGCGCCGAGGAGUGGACUACGUCGUCGCGGAGGGCCAGGUGGUGCUGGUCGAUCAACUGACUGGGCGCCGCAGGCCGGACACCACCUACCGCAACGGCCUUCACACUGCUCUGGAAGCAAAGGAGGGCUUGCCAAUCAAACCUGAGCGCCAGGCUGCGGCCCAGAUUUCCAUCCAGGGCUUCCUGCGUCAGUACGCGCACCUGGGCGGCAUGACUGGCACUGCCCUCGCCUCGAGAGACGAGCUCCGCCGCAUGUACGGAAUGGACAUCAUGCGCGUUCCAACGACCCUGCCGUCGCGGCGGGUCGACAUGCAGCCUCUCGUAUUCGGUACGACGAGCGAGAAGCUGCGGGCGAUGGUCGACGAGGUGGAGUCGUACGUACGUGCCGGGCGCCCCGUGCUGGUGGGUACGCAGACGGUGGAGCAGUCUCAAGCUGUCAGCGGCGUGCUGAGGGACCGAGGAAUCCCUCACCGGACGCUGAAUGCGGUCAACAGCGCUGACGAGGGGGCGAUUGUGAAGGCGGCAGGGCAGCCCGGUGCUGUCACCGUCGCCACCAACAUGGCGGGACGGGGAACCGACAUAGUGCCGGAUGCCGGGACCGGCCUGCACGUGAUCGGAACGGAGAUGAGCCCGUCCAGGCGGGUCGACGACCAGCUGAGGGGCCGGGCGGGGCGGCAGGGCCAGGCGGGCACAACCCGUUUCAUGGUGUCGCUCGAGGACCGGCCGCUCGCAGGGAGGAGCCUGGGCGCCGGUCUCCGUGAUCGGGGCCCCGCGCACGACCAGGCAUCCGGACCGCUGCGCGUCGACGACCGCAAGCUCGAACGCAUACAGGACCUCUCGACCCUGGACGACGAGGCGCAGCGCGCAUUCCUGUCCGACUACUACCGUGUGCUCGACGGGCAGACGCUGGCCUACUACUCGCGCCGCAGGGCGACGCCAGCGUCCGACGCCAUAGCUGUGGCUCGCUGCUUUGGGGCUGCGCCGGUUACCGACUACGACCGGCGCUUCGACGAUCUGGCGGCGACGACGUACCUCGACUUCGGGCUGGACUGCGAGGGGCUGUGGGGCCUCGGGCUGGACGCACUCGAGCAGGGACUUGGCGAUCUGCUGGCCGGCAGGCUGGAAGAAGCACGGACGGCGUUGGGCGCGGCUCGAUUCGAUGGGCUGGCGCGCGCGGUGCUGGUCCAGACGGGCGACGAUCUGUGGUGCGGCCACCUCGAGCGUCUCCAGGAGAUGAUGGCCGUCGCGCCCCUCGCGCCGCUCGACCACAGGUCCGCAGUGGCGGCGUUCCAGCGCGACUGCGGGGUCGAGUUCGAGGGCUUUCUGCUGGACACACUGGAUUCAUUCGUGCCCAGGCUGCUGGAAGUGGCGGACUCAGAGAUUGGCCGGCACAACCCUGAGCCCGAGGACAUCGAGCUGCCCGCGGAGCUUGCCGGGAUAAUGGUAUGA